UGAAUGUCUUUAUGUGGAAUAUGUGAAGCUGCUCAGACGUUAUUCUGGACACAUCAGCUCUGAGAGCUUCAAGCUCCACAGAACUUCUACAGAUUCUUUCUGUCAUUGUGAAGAAACAUCUUGAAGAAUGAGAAGCCUGAUGUGUGUGCUGUUCCUGGUGAUCUUCUGCUCUAAGCAGGGGACUUCAUAUCCUGUUGCUCCUGCAGCUCCUGUGUGGUGUUGCUUUGAUUUUAUUGACUUUCAAAUUCCAGCCAAAAAAAUUGUCAGUGCUGUGGAGACAGAUUCACGUUGCCCUAUUCCUGCCAUUGUGGUUAUGACACCUAGAACCCAAUUUUGUGUGAAACCAGACGAGGCUUGGAUAAAGAAUGCAAUGUUGGAGCAGCUUUGGAAAUGAAAACGCAAUACAUAUACACCAAAAAAAAAAAAAAAGCUUUAUACAACUGUCCUAUCCUAAUAAAUGUAUUUUUGCUUUAUCUCAUCAUCAGUAUUACAAAAUAUCUUUAAAAAACCUACUAAAUGUUAAACCUGUUCACAUUUAGCACUCAGUAUGCUGACAUGUGCAGGCUGACAAUGCAAAUGAAUAUUAAAAUUAUUGGAUAUUAAA